CGCAAAUUUUCCCUCAUCGCUCUUCCUUUCGACCUUACACUUCCAACACCAUGGAAUCGCUGGCCGAGCAGACGUGGGAUGUCAUACUCCACGGCACUGGCCUGCAGCAGUCGCUGCUAGCCUUAGCCCUCUCGCGGUCAGGAAAGCAAAUCCUGCACCUCGACCCCAACGAAUACUACGGUGGCCCCGAAGCCGCCUUCAGUCUGCAGGAGGUUGAAGAGUGGGCUGCUGCAAACGCCACUGUCGCCGACGAUGCCACAGGAUCAUCGCGCGUCUUCUCGUCGGCGGUCGUGAGCAAGCCCGACGUAGCGACAGGCUCUGGGCCUUCACUCUCCUUCCCGAGAGCCUACUCCCUCGCUCUCGCGCCACAGAUCAUACACACCCGCUCAGAGCUCGUGAAGCAGCUCGUGUCGUCGCGCGCGUUCAGACAGAUUGAGUUUCUUGCCGUUGGGUCCUUUUUCAUCUAUACCCCACCAGCCGUCGGCAGCGGGUUCGAGAAUGGAAGAGCGAGCCUUGUGCCGAUCCCCUCGACUCGCGAGGCCGUCUUCUCCACGACCGCGAUCCCUGCGAGGGCGAAGCGGUCGCUGAUGAAGUUCCUCAAGUUCGUCUUCGACUACAACUCGGAGGACAACAAGGGCAUAUGGGCUCCGCAUGCCGAGAAGCCUCUGUCGGAGUUCUUGCUGUCCGACUUCAAGCUGGACGCCGCGCUGCAGACCUACUUCGUCACGCUUACCUUGAGUCUGGACGGCAAGGUCACGACCAAGGAUGGCCUGGCCGCUAUCCACAGACACCUCUCUUCCAUGGGUGCCUUCGGGCCGGGCUUCGCCGCAGUAUAUCCCAAAUGGGGCGGCCUCUAUGAGAUUGCGCAAGUUGGUUGCCGCGCAUGCGCCGUUGGUGGUGCAGUCUACAUGCUAGGCACGGGCAUGAAAGCCACGCGCCAGCUCGACGAAGGCCAGGACGGUGGCGCCCGCUUCGGGGUCGACUUGACCAGCGACGUCACGGUGAAAUCCCGGACGUUGAUUCGCGGCACUGAAGAGGUUGCCUCCGACAGCCAGCGCGUGAGCAGGUUGACUGCAGUCAUCAACUCGCCGCUCUCAUCUCUGUUCGAGGCUGUUGUCGAAGGAUCACCUACACCAGCUGUAGCAGUUAUUGCAUUUCCGGCCAAGUCCAUCGCCGACGUUGCAUCAUCAUUCCCCAUCUACGUCUUUGCUCAUUCAAGCGAGACUGGGGAAUGUCCAACCGGUCAGAGCGUUCUCUACUUCGUCACUCCAAAGACAUCAACCUCAACCGAAGCCUUGGAAAAGGCUUUGGCGUCGUUGCUCUCUGCCCUCGGUAAUGGCGAAGACACGCCAGAGGCGAUUUACAAGGUCGCGUACCAACAGGCACAUGCGGCUGUGUCAGUUUCCGCGGAUGCAUCAGACGUCAUUCCCAGUUUGCCGCUCGAUCUCGCCUUCAGCGACACGGCUCUGGAACCUGUCAGGGACGCUUGGAGGAAAGUCAUGGGCCCCGCAGCUGAGGACCCCGAUAUUGUCUACAUGAAGUUUGAAGAUCGGGAAGGCGUUGGCGAUGAGGAGGAUGAUGUAUACGAAUAGUCUCUAGCUUUUCAAAUGAGUGCACGUAAUAAUGAAUCGCGAUGACUUUUUUCGAAAUGAAGUACUUUUCUUUGAAUGUAGCUAAUGUGUGU